AUGUACGGAUACGCGGGUCCGCCCCAUUACGGGGCCGUCGAGUCCACCGCCGCCGGAGACCCGGCCGGCUAUCUCCAGCCCGUACCCAUGGCCAUGGUCAUGCCCAUGCCGGCCGUCUGUGAACCGCCGCCGCCUUCGGCGCUUCAAAUGUCCGACGAGGCGGCCCAGAAGAGACGAAGGUACCCCUAUACACCCCGUUUUUUUUUUUUUUUUUUUUCUAAAUUCGCAGUGACUAGUAUCUAUUAUAUUAUAAAAUACGACAUGAUACGAUCACUGAUGCAGUCGCCUAUAGAGGUACCUAUUUGUAAUGACCAUGAGUCUGUAGUGUGCAAUUAAAAACGACCUGUUUGUUUAACAAUUUAAUUUCUACCCGUAUUAUUAUUCAAUAUGUGAAAAUUUUGAGUUGGGUUGCACGAGACUUAUCUCCUAUUAUUACAACAUCUAUUAUAAUACACAGUAUUGCCUAUAUAUUAUGAUGACCUAUUAGCCUGUGAUGACCAUUACAUAAUUAUUGCAUUAUAUAUUAUUUGAGGUAGCCCUCAUUAUUAGUUAUGACGAAACUACGAAAAUGAUAAGUACCCUGUACUGUACACUUUUUACGAGUGUUAUUAUUAUUUAACGGAAUUUUUAUAACGUGUCGUUCAUUAUAUAACGGGAUAAAUCAUAGAAAAAAUAUAGAUUUCUAUGAAAUACAAAUUGAUCGUCUAUAUACUAUAAAUAGGAACCUUAAAAUUUUAUUAAGAGUUGCCACUUAAAUAAUACCAAACUGAUUUUUGUUUGUUUUAAAACACUAAAAAUUCUGAUACAUUUAUAUACUCUUUUUAAGUAUACUUGAAAAAAAAAAAAUAAAAAAUUAUACUUAAUAUCGAUAGACUAUUUUGUUUAACUUUCAAUUUCGAAGUAUAUUUUUGUAUGCGGGCCGAGAGAGCUAUAUAAUAUUAGUUUAAUUCUGAGAAAAACUUUGACGCGGUAAAUAUACAGUAGUUACCACAUCAAAUUGUUCACGAAAAUCUUCCAUCAAUACGAAAAUCAAACAAAAGUGGUCCAACAUUGUCUAUAGGUAGUAUAGUUUGCAAAUAGUAUUUUUAUCAAGUACCUAUAAGUACAUGUUCAUUAUAAUUAUAACUUUGCUCAAAAUAAUUUUAUCAGAUAUCAUUGGAUUUUUGUGGUGUGCAAUAUAAUAAUUCACUAAGCCUACGCCGAGUUGAGCGAAUUCCCAUUGUUUAGUUUUUAUGUCAUCCUGUCUGUGAUUUUUUUCAUAAUUAACUUUCUAUAAUAUAUUCUGUUUCAUACGUGUUUACUAUUCUAUACUUAUAAUUAAAUAGUCGCCUCUAUCACCACGUAAGUCGGUUCAACUAUUAUUAUUUUCACCGUCCACGUCUUCCUCGUAUCCAUUUUCACCAUUACUCUAUAAAUACUAUAAAUCAAUCCAGUUUUCUUACGUAAAAUUGUGAUCAAUAUUUUGAAAUUUGUUAAUUUCACUUCAUUAUGUAGUGAAAUAUAGUAUAUAGUUCACUAAACAGCAGCCUUAAUGUAAAUCCUAAGCUAUAGUAUAAUAAUAUUAAACGCCUAAAAUAAUAUUUAUUCAUUGUGUGUUAUAAAAAACAUCUAAAAUAAUAUGAUAAUUUAUAUAUUUUAACCGACUAAGUUCGAUGUAUUCGUAAAAUAAUAAUGAUAUGCAAAUAUUUUAUGCUCUAAACAAAUCGGAACGAUAAGUUUACUGACAAAUUUUAGGUACUCUAUUAUUUAUGUUCAUUUUGUGUGUAAAUAUAGUUUAUAAAUAUUGAUGUGGUUUAAAUUUAAAAAAUAAAUAAAUCUGUAACAUAUCAAUUGUCAAUGCUAUUAUAGUUUUACUACCAAUAAUUAUAAUUAUGUAGGUAGGUAACAUUAUAAUUUACAUACCUACCUACCUAAUUUAACUGGCCUAUUAAAAAAUAUUUGUCAUAAUAGAAGUAAUAUAUUAUUAAACAAAAUAUAUUUGUCCGUUUUUGAUAUAAAUUCACACGAGUUUUAAGUGAAUGUGUAUUUAAAGUUUUCAAUUGACAAAUAAGUACCUACUCUAGCCUAAAUUGUACAAUAAACAUUGUCAAAAUAUAGAUGAAAAAUAUGCUAACACCUAUGACACUGUAUAACGUUAACAUCUUGUUAAAAAAAUAAAAAAUAUUUUAAUCAGUUGAUUUCGUAAAAAACUAAUGAGUAGUUUUGACUUACAAAUUGACUGCGUGCGUUUUGUUCUUGUCUAUAUUAUAUUUAACUCGGUAGUUAAAUAUGUAUGCGAGUAUUGUGUAAGCCCAAUGAUUUUGAAUGUUUUAUCAGUAGGCGGUCUAGCAGUUAAUAAUAAUAAUUGUUCUAUGUCUGUUCUUUAGCCCUGUGAACUUUUUUAACCGGGGGGUUACAUUUUUUUUUUUUAUCGAUUAUUUAUAAAUCCUUUAAAUAUCACCAAUCAUUAUAGUGGUAUUUAUAUUUUAUACCUAGUAAUAUAAUUACUAAGCGUUUUCACUCGAUUAUUUUACGAAUAUUUUAAUGUAAACUAUUUUUGUACUCGUAUUAUAAGUAAUUAAAAAAAAUAAAAAUAUUUUCGUUAAAUAUAAUAAUGUACAAUAUUUUCGCUGGCGACGGAUAUUUAACAUUUCUCUCGUUUUUCAACAAAGUGUAAAACGUAUUAAUUUUGAUCUGUCUAAAGUAAUUUAUGUAUAAUAUAAAAAUUAUAUUCUAUGAUCUUCCGCCCUUAAAUCAUUUAUUCACGUUUAGUGGUUUUAAUCUAUUUAAAUCAUGACAUUAAAUGGUUACCUAAUUAUAACUCGCGGUGACUAUUCAAUUAAAUUAAACAAUUUAUACAAUUUCAGUACAAAAAAAUGCAUUAUUUUAAGAUUUUUUAAGUUUUUAGAAAUUUGAAAUUUCUCAGUUCGACAAUUGUAAUAUGAAAAUAAUGAAAAAUCUCUCAAAAACUACUGUGCUAAAAGCUACUAUGCAUUCAUAUUAAAACAUUUUGUUCCAUUAUAAAUAUCAAUGCUAUCUAAUUAAUUAAACUUUUAGUUUUUUUAUUAUAGUUCAGAUUCAGUUGAGUAAAUUAAAAUCUGUAGACCUCUUCUUAAUUAUUUUGAUCUUAUAACCUAUAUAGUUGACGGUAACUACUAUCGAGCUACUAAUUAAUAUAUUAAAAUAAUAAUAUUAAUUAUAUAUCAACUACAAUUAAAAUUAUUAUCUAAACCUGGUUUUUUUUAACAAAUAUUAUUAUUAUUAACUAGGUAUAUUGUUUGUACGUAAUACUAUGUUGGUUGGUGCCUAUCAUGAUAAAUAGACCAUUACUAGAUAAACAUGCAGUUAAUAAUAACAAUAAAAAAACUAUAUUAUUAUUAACAAUGUUUUAUGACGGGUAAAACAUUUAAUAUUUUAGUUUUUCAAGUCGUUAGAAAAUUCUCUAAUUAGUUGUAUAUUUGGUCUGACAUUAAAAUAUAGGUACCUGUAAUAUAAAUUACGUCAGUAUAAUCGAUAUUUACAACAAUAAUGCUAUAUUAUGUUCACGUAUAUCUACUUUUUCUGUUUUUAUGAAAUUUGACUCUUAAAAUAUAUUUAUAUUAUACAAUUAUACCGUUACAUAGUAAUAAUUAUAUAUAAAAAAAAAAAUGAGUACUGUUUUUCUGAAUAUUAUAUCCUUUUUAAAAAUUGAUAUUCACAUAGUAUAUAUACGAACAUCCCAAUGAAAUAUAAUUAUAUAUUAUUAUUUCCCAAAAAUGUAUCUUAAAAAAUAUAAAUUAGCGUUUGUUUAUUACUUUAUAAGUAGGUAUUUAAUAUUUAUUUAUAGAUUUUUAAUAUCGGAGGACCUAAAUAACCACUUAAUAAUUUAGGUAUAAUAAACAUUAAUUUGUGUUAAUUUUCUAGUUGCUUGUUUAACAUUGAUGAUACUGUCAAUUAUAUUUUUUUUUACUACCAAUCUAAAUAUAUUUGUAUUUGGCAUUAAGUUGAGCAUGCGUUUGAAAAAUAAAUUCCAUUUUAUAGUUUUAACACCUUUACAAAAUACGUAAUAUAUUUAUUUAAACAAAUACAUAUUUAGGUAUUAUAUCAAUAUAGAAAAAUAUAAUAAGUUUAAACAAAACAAAAUGUUAUAUUAUGUAGAAAACAUUAUAUUUUAAUAAUAUUAAAUAUAACAUGGUAAUUAUAAUAUUGAUUUGUAUUUUAUUGAAAACUUGAUUAUUAAAAAAACUACUUUAAACAUACAAACUAUACACCUAUUUUUGUGUUUUAAGUAUGUAUAUUUAUACGUGAUAACAUUUCUUCAUAAAUUUUAAAUAAUAAUAAUAUAUCAAUGUUUUCGAAGGUAUAAUAAUACAAAAAUAUAAAUAUUGUCUGUAGCCUAUAUAUUGUAAUGCCUUUCACGUGUGGAAUGCUGUAAACCAGUAAUUAUAAUCUAAAAACAAUAUACAGUGUUCUCGUCUAGAUUAAUGGUACCGAAUUCGGAGCUUAAUUGACCUUUAUCAAACAAACACGUACUGGACACACAUGUAUCACUAAUAUUAUAUAUUUGGUGCAUUUAAUCGAUAACAUACAUAAAUACGUAAAUAUGAAGCUUUAGUUUGAAUAUAAUAUAUUUCUAGGUCAUUUAUUGUUAGAAACAAACAAAUUAGUUAUUUAUUUAAGAAAACAUAAUUAUUAUUGUAAGGCUUAAUAUUAUUUAACUUAUAUGUACAUUCAUUUUUGCGUUUUAUUUCAAUACUUAUAAGUUAUCAUUACCUAGUUUUUAUUUUUUAUUAUGCAAAUUUUUAUCUAGACAAAAAAUUUUAAUUGUAGGUACCUAAUAUUAUUACUGUUAUUAUUAUUAACCCUGUUAUCUUAUUUUAUAUUGUAAUAAUAUAAUUGGACAUAUAAUAUAUCCGUAAAUUAAUGAAAUAAUAUUAAAUUGUAUAGUUUUUUAUUAUAAUUAUUAUAUUAUACAAAUACUAAAAAAAAUAGGUAUAAUACUAUAUUAACUGUAAAACUGCGUUGAAAUUAUAUUGAUUAGUAGUCCAGGUAUACAAAAAAAAAAACCAUUCGACCCUUUAAGCUUCUAUGUAAAUUAUUUUUCACUGCAGUUUAUGUAUGUAAAUACUGUUGGUGAAAUUAAAAUAAUUAUGAAUUCUUAAUGUAACAACAAUAAAAGUGAUUGAUUAAACAAAAAGUAUACCUAAUAAUAUUAAAAUAGAAUGGUUUUAAUAUAACACGAAUUUUUUCUAAAAAAAAACUUCUUAGAUUCUGAGUGUAACAAGGAAUGUAUUGGUAUUGCAAUGAUGUAUGAUUUAAUGGAUUUAUGAACAAAUUUUCUACUAUAAAUAUUUCUUUAAUUAAAUAAUGAUCUUUUUGUUUCAUUUUGGAUCAAUUUUGGUGCAAUGUGGAGUUUAUUUUUUAUUUCCCUUUUAGUUUUCAAUGUUUUAGUUAUUUUUGAUUAUUUCUAUUUUGUUUUUCUACCAAAAAUCUUACUCUUAAUUUCAAAAUAAACAUUUUUCUUUUAAAAAAAUGUUUUCUAGUUGGUUGGUUCGUAAGAAAGUCGUUUUUUUAUUUUCCAUGUAAAUCCUAUUAAUAAUUAGGUGAAACACGAGAGUAGAGUUUCCGGUAUUGAUGGUUUCAUUAUUUCUGUUUUUUUUUUCGUUGUUAUUUGUUUAAAAGUGAUCUUAAAAACUUUAAAUUUUCAGAGCAUACUUAUAUUAUCAUUUUCUAGAUGUUCCUGCUCAAAAUAUUCUGGCAAUGUUUUACUAUAAAAUCCAUAAAUUAAUAUGUUUUGGGAUUAUUUGUUUUAAAAAAUUGCUUAGUCGAGCUCCAAUCAGAAUCGUAUUUCGUCAGUAAUGUUCUAUCGUUUCGCACAGUUAUAAAUUAAAUAAUUCGGCUUUUUUUUUUUUUUUUUUUUUUAAUGAUAAAUGAUAAUACAUGUUUAACACUUAAAAUUAUUAUUGAGUAAAUUAUUAAUAUACAUACAUUUAUCGAUUCCAAGUACUCAUAUAUUUUUUACAAUAUUAGAUUUGAAAUUGACAUAAUAUUUUAAAUAAAUAUUUUAAUAUAGACAUACAAGAACCAUAUUUCGAAUUAAAUUAGUACCUAAUAAAAUUAUUUAAAAAAAAAAAAAUAGUUACAGAAAAAGAAGUAUCUAUCUAAUAUGAUAAUAUUAUACUACGGCUAUGGUAAAAAUGUCACUAUAAAAAAAUAAUAAUAAUAAAUAAAGAAAAAUGAACUAUAAUAGAUACCUAUUUUAUUGAACGUUGAACCACUAUAAUAAUUUAUCAACACUCAGAUUGAUGUACCGCAUUUGACACGCCUUCGCGCGAGCCUCGGCUGCAGUGGACGUCGCGCGCGGAGAGGACAACGAACACUAGCCGCGUAUUAGUUCCGCCGUAUUCUACACCGUAUUAGCCAAUAGUUCCUCACGUGUGCCAGUGUCACAGUCUCUUGUGUAUCAUCUUCGGGAGUCUUCUGUAGUAAUAAAAUAGAUACCUAUAAUCGUACCUUAUAAUUGAGUAUUCCUACAAAUGUGUUGCAAAAUGUGUUAAUUUUCAAAAAAUCUUAUGUUCAGAAAUGGUCGAUUUUGUCAUCGAAUCUUCGACCUUCGUCCAUUUGUCAAAGUCACCGUUUUGUCGGCAUGAGGUCUUAAUGUAUUAUUAUAGCCAGGUGUUCUAUACCACAGGUGUUCUUUCUACGCCCCCCGCAGACAAUCGGGCACUGGACAUUUUUUAACCGUAUUGACCUAAAAAUGAAAUCGCUUUUGACAUUCCGAUUCCGAUAUAGAACUGCUACAUUAUAAUAAUACAUAUUGUAACACACAAUGUGUAAUGUAUAUCGAAAGGAAGAAACUAUUGUUAAAAUGUAAAUAGUUUAAAGGUGUCUCGGAACUCGGGAGGUUGUAAUUCUUCUUGGUAUUUAAUUAACAUAACAACAAUAUACCCUGUAUAUUAUGUAUUUAUGUCGCGGGGAUAUCAAUUUUUCGAUCGACUAAGUAAAAAAAAUAUAAAAUCGUCUUUCAUGAUUUCUAUAUAAUAUAUUACGUUACAUUAUUAUUUAUUUGCAUUGUGUAUUAUUAUGAUUAAUCUAGUUUUAUCUUUCUUAUAAAUAUGAUGACUAAAAAAAAAUACGUUAAAUUAGGUAGGUAUUAGGCGCAUCGUUGUUUCAACAAAGAAAAAAUUUAUAAAAAAAAUAAAUCCCCACAGAAAAUAUCCUGUGGUUGAUAUAAUGUAUUUAAACGAAUUAUACAUAUAUUAUUGUUUAUUUUAUUUUAUUCGUAAAGAGCUGAUACUGCUAAUAGGUGUGCCAUUGUUGUAGGUAGGAAGUUAGAAAAGUAUAGAAUACAUAAAGUUAUUUAUUUUAUAUCUGUAAGUAAUAAUAAAUCAUUGUUAACAAAUCGAUUUUGAGUGAAAUUUGUUUAUACAUGAUUGGAAAGGCCGUAAUAUUUACGAUGUUCAUAAAAAUUUGAUCUUAAACCAUUAUAAAAAAACAUUACCACAUUUCCCUCCACUUUUUUUUAUGACCACUAAGAAGGCCUUAUGAAUCGUUUGUUAAAUUUUCAAACAUUUCUGUUAAAAAUUCCUUUAGACAUUUUUGUUAAAGCAAUAUUUCUGAUAGAAAACAUAGUGCGUGCAAAUUAAAAACAAUCAAACUGAUGACGCCGCAGCGUGUGUCGUAAAUAUUGGCCGAUUUUCCUAUUAUUAUUUUUUCAGAUUUUCCACACCAUUUUGAAAACCCAUUGAAAAAUCUAAAAUGACCUCUCUAGAUGGACCUCUUUGCACCAACUAGAUUAAAAAUGUAACAAAAAAGUCUCUUGACCAUUUUCGGUUGAAGUCAAUUUUCUGUUUAAAAGUUGUAAAAGUUGUGACACAAAAAAACGCAUCAUAGUAAAACUAAUUAUCCCUCACUCCCCUUCGAAUCUAAAAUUGACAAUAAUUCGAAAUAUUUACCUAGUGCCUAGGCCGUUUUCACUUUUAUUUAAAUAAAUAAUUUUAAUGCGUUUAAUACUAAUAACGACUUUCGACUAUUGUUUUAGAUCCGAUGAAGAGGAUUCUAGCCAGAAAUAUUCUAGAAUGGAAGAUGAUAAUAUCCAAGACAAAGAAAGAUUUGCCAGGUGAGUGUUUAAUAAAAUUGGCCAUAAUAUUUCUGUAUGAGUAUUGUUUUUAAGAACAGUUAUUUAAAUUUUCAAAUAGGCUAAGUAUAUUAUAAUAUGAUUUUAUCACAGUCGUAAAUAAGAUAUUGGGUACUUAUUCUUAAAUUAAAAAUUAUAUUUGUUUCUUCCGUAAAAAUCAAACAAAUUCAUUAUGAAAAUUACUGGAUUUAAACUAUAUAAACUAAAUAUUUUAGUUAGUGAAUAUUAAUAUUAAAUUAAUUAUAUUUAUUUUAUUAUUGCCCAUAAGAAAAAUUGUAAAUUGUAAUAUUGCUGCACAAUCUUUACGGAUAAAUAUUUGGUUACUGCCGAUCCCCUGUAUAAUUAUAAAUUAAAAAUGUAUUUAUGCCGUUUUAUUUUUUUCAAUUUCAAACUAGUCUUUUUAUACAAAUAAUUAAUUUCGGUAAACUUGGACGUGUUAUCUCUUACCUUGUGUAAAGAAAAAAAAUGGUCGUUAUCGCUAUGGCCGGCGGUAGGUGCGAAAUUUCAUUUUGUUGUACUCGUAACGAUAAAGUAAUAAUAAAAGAAGUUAAAAAAUUAAAAUGCUAAAAAAAAAAAUGAAAACAGAAGAAGAAAAAUGAUUACCUUAAAAAAAAAUGGGGGAACAUUUCUUAUCUUGCCUUUCUCGUCCACUCAAUACUUACUGUUGUGUCGGAUUUUCGUUUUUAUUAUUAAUAUCUAAACCUCAAAUUAAAUUUUCUUUAAGCAAAUGUAGUUAGGUAAACACUUACCUAAAAUAAUAAUUAUUUGUACGUAUAAUACUGUAAUAUAUUUUAAAUAAUGUAUUAGGUAUAUUUGUAUAAAUAUAUCUUAAAUCUAAAUAAAUGUUCUGAUUAAAGUUUUCAGUUGAACAAUAAAUAAUGUUAGAAAUGUAUUGUUUUAGUUUAGUUUUGAGCAGGUAAAUUAAGAUUAGUUUAAUAUUUUUCCUUACUGGGUAUUUUUUUUAAGACCUUAUAAGUAUGUGUACGUAAUUUUUGAGUUUUUAAACUCUAACAGUAAGUAUAAUAGUAUUAUUUAUCCAUUUAAAUUGUAGAAACUUCUCGUUGAUAAUGGCUUCUAUAAUCUUAGGGAUAUUAUUGUCCUUUAUUUAAAAUGCAAUAUAUUAUUAUCUAUAGCCAUAUUGUUGUUUUAGACUCCUAUAUAUUGUUACCAGCUUUAAUAUUUUAAUGAUUUUUUUGUACACUCGGCCAAAGGAACUUUGAGGGCAAAUGAAAGUUUUAAAAAAAUUGCUCACUUGUAAGUAAUUCAAUAUUAUAAUGCUUAUCGUGUAUCAAACGUCUGAAGACUAAAACGUCUUCGUUUAUGUUUAUUUGAAUUCAUGAUAUAUCUUAGGAUAAUUUCGAUAUAAAAGGUUGCGCAGUAUCUUAAAUAUAAAAUUAUAAUAUAUAUUUCAAUAUUGAAAUUUAUUUAUUUAUUACCUAGGUACUAAUUUUGAAGUACUUUGCUCAUAGGCAAUUGAGGAGGGUCAUUUAUUCCAUAUACAUACAAAUUUAAAAGUGAUUGUACAAAAUUACGGGAGAUGGUUGGGAAUUUUGAAAAAUGUAAUUUUAAUGUAUUGAGUGUCUAGUUAUUAGUUUACAAUUUCAGUACUUAUAAUUGAGUAUCUUGGAAUGCAAUAUAUUUUGCAUAAGUAUCUAUUGUAUCUAGAUUCUCAUUUUGAAGUAUCUUAUCCUGAUAUAUCUAUGUAUACAUUUUUCUGAUGUUUUAAAAUAUCGAUAAGUAAAAAUCUCGAUAUUUGGAAUUAAGGUAUUCUCAUGGUGCUUUAAAAAUCAUUGCAAUAAAAGAACUAUUAUGAGUGGAGUAGUAUUCGUAGUGUUUUUAACAUUAUAUAUAGAGUGAUUCAAAUUGUAUGUUACAACCAAUGUAUCAUGUAAAUAUUAAAAAUGCAGAGAAAUGUAUAAUACAAACGUUUUUAGAUUUAUAAAUAUCUAAAAUAAUUUGUAUAAUUUUAUUUUUAUUACUAUAGUCUUUUUUGAGAGUCAAUUUUUAAAAUUAAAAUGGGAACCUUUAAUAUAGCUUCCAUAAUUAAACGGGAAUGUUAAUUUGAGUACAUUUCUAUGUUGAAUUUUAUGAUUUCCGUCAGCCCGUUAACAAAAUAUUCGACUUUUUAAUUUAAGUAGUAGAAGUAGAACACUAUGUGCUAGUAUGGUGGCAUUACAUGGCAUGGUGCACAGCAUUUUAAUAAUAUUCCACUAAUCUCCCCUUACCAAAACUAAAAAGUGGAAUAUCUCGUCAAUGGAUUGAAGGAAAUCAAAAGCUAAACACCAAAAUGUAUUUAAAUUGACUUCCCAUCUAUUUAUGACAUUUUUAAUACAAAAUAAAAAUGAUGUACCAUUUCUAAAUAUAACGUUUUUAAAAAUAUCACCCAGUUUGGAAAAAUUUAAUUUAACAAAAAAACUAAUUACUUUAGAUUUUCAUAAAUCUAAAAAAUUGUGUGCUGUGUUGUGUGCAUUUCUAUUUUUAAUAUUUACAUGAUAAAAUAGCUGUAACAUUAAUUUUGAAUCACUCUGUAUGGCCAAGGUAACCCAGAAAUCUAAAAAAAUAAAAACGAUGUAUUAACAAUUGUGAGUUUUUUUUUUUUAAUUUUAAAGAAGAACUUUUGGGUUUCGUAAAUUUUCCCAGUUUUUAUUUUUUAUUAUGAAAACCCUUGGACAAAUCAAAAAAUUACCCCUUAUAAUACCAACCCAGUUCCUUUCAUAUGCCUUUAAAAUAUGCUACAUUUGAAAAUUAGAACAAAAUUUCUGAUAGAAAAGUUGUUUACAGAAAAGAAAAGAAACAUCAUUGUAAAACCAAUACAUUCCUCGUGCUCCGCUCAGGAUCUAAAAAUAAUAAAAGCUCUCAUAAUAUUUUUAACAUUGUUGCCGUUUCCACUGUCAUUUGCAUUUGAAAUUUAUCUUUAAACCAGAUAGUAUUACACUUGGUAACGCAGCGCUCCCCCUCCCUGUACUGACACUGCGGUGCACACUCCAGGAACCGCUGCUAUAUAUUUUAUUGAUUCUAGAUUAGACUCGAAUUUAUUUGCACUCAGUAAUCUUUGUUGUAAUUAAUUAUCAUUUUCGAAAAUUUAGUAACAUCGAUAUUAUAAGGUUUUUAUUAUGUAUUCAAGAAUUUGAAAUAAUUGUUAUUUAUUAUUUUGAGUACCUUUAAAUUAUUUUACGGGUUAAUAAAAAAUACUAUAUAGUGUUAUAUAUUCAAAAAUCAUUAAAUACUCGUAAUUUUCAUUUCAUGAACACUUAUAAAAUAUCGAAAACGUCUUAUAAAUGCCGUAAUAAAUCAUUUUUUGAGUGUUGUUUAUCCAUUCAAUAGUAUAAUAAUAGUUCGACAAGAUGGGUAAAGCAAGUCAAGUAUCCAAACACUCAUAUCAGCUAUAUUAUAUUGUUGGCUAUUAGAUUAAUUUGGUUGUUUAUUUUUGUAAUAAAAAAAUAAAGCUGAUACUGCUGAUAAAUGUUCCACUGUUAUAGGUGGAACGUUGGAAAGAUAGAAAACUUAGUGGUUAUUAAAUUUACAUAUGUACGCAACGAUAAACUAUUGCUAACGAAAGAGGAUUAUGAGUUGAGUUUGGUUAAGGAGUUUUUAAAAACAAAUUACAUAACAUAUAAUUUAUAAAUGUAUAAAUUGUAUUUUAAAAAUAUUAGAAGAAUGUUUUGAAAAAUGUAUCAAGUUUAUAAAUGACUAAUAUAAGUAGAUUUAGAUUUAUUAUUAGACUAUAACUUAAUAAUCUAAUAACUCUAUGAUUAUAAUUUAACGAUUAUUCUUAACUAAAUUAUAACAAAAUCAAAAAAUAUAUAUCCAUUAUAGUGCCCCUUAAACUUUCAAGAUUUUUCGUGAUUUCCCAUUUAUUAAAAUAAAGACUCAAAACACGGCCUCUUCGAUGCACCAGCUUUAAAAAAAAAAAAAAAUGCUAAAUUUGAAUAUUGAAUAAAUAUAUUUCUCGUAAAAAAGUUAUGAAGAAACAGAAUAAGAAAAAUUCAGAAUCUCAAAGGCACUAAGAUUACCUCAUGCAAUAAUAUUAAUACUUUUAUUAGACUUUAUUAUUUUCGUGAAUUAUCUUCUAUAAAAUCAUCAAUUUUAGAAAGUGUCUAUGUAUAUAACAUUAUAUUUCGUCGAAAUAGUAUAUACCUAAAUAAGUUUAUCAAAAUAAAUAUUCUAGUAUACUAGUUGAUAAAUUCAUAACUAUAUUUUGUAAAUACAUACAAAAUGUAAAUAAUAAUAAUAUUAUUAUUAUUAUUGUAUGUUGUUUUUUUUUUUCUAUGUUUGUCAAAUAUCAAUAAUAAAUAUCAUGAACUCUCUAAUAAUGAAAAUAUUAUGACAUCUGUACAAUAUCUUUUAUAUUAUAUUGUUAAGUCUUUUUCCUCGUGAUUUGCAAUGUAAAUUAUCCAAUCAAACAAUACACAUAUUUAACAGAAAUUCUAUUGCACGCAGUCUAAAAAAAAUUUCCUACGAUUUAUUUUUUUUUUAAUGUCAAGGAUAAAAUAAAAUAAUUGAAUAAUAAUCAAUUAAAUGGCCAAUUUGUUCGUUAGUUUUACCAGUAUUGUGAAGAUCUUUGAGAGCUACAUUAAAAAUCAAAAAACGACUUUCUUCGCGUACUAACAAAGAGAAUUUUUUUUCUAGAAAAAAUGCUACUUUUAAAAUUCGGAGCAAUAUUUCUUGUAAAAAAAAAAAAUGAUUUGCGUUAAAUUCGUCAAUUUUUCAAUUUAUGAGAACUAUAUGAAAACUCAAUAAAUAACCACUUUAAUGCGCUUAAUAGAUCUUAUCGUUUUUUAAUUAUUAUAAGUAGAAAACACAUACAGAACAAAGUAAAUAAUAAUAAAAGCAUAUCAGUACAUUCCCCGCUAUUCUCAAAAAGAAAAAGAAAUAUAAAAACUAUAGCUGAUACUAGGGAUGGGAGAAACUUUUGUUGUAGGUGAGAAGUUGGGAAGGUAGGAUACAUAAGGUUAUUUCAUUUAUAUCUGUAGGUAACGAUUAAUCGUUGCUUGACGAAAAACGAUUUCGAGCGCAGUUCGGUAAUACUAUAUAAUUUGAAGUGCUGUAAAAAAAGUCGUCCGGUGAUUUUGGAAAUUUUACUACGUCUAGCUAAGUUUAAUAUAAGUUUUAUUACCAUAUAUCAAAUCUCUACGUGUAUUUAUAAUUGAAUUACAGCAAAAAACUCAAUAAUUAAAAUUCCUUAAAAGCUCAAAAUUUUAGGCGAUGAUACCGUCAACGUCUUGUAAUUUUUCGAUUAAAUUAUUUUUUCUGCUAGAAAACGUCAUCUUUGUUUUUAUAAAAUAAUAAAAUCCUCAAAUUGUACGUUUUCCUAUAUUUUUUCCACUUAAGUGCUUUUAUUUAAAAAAUGGUGUCGAAAAUCAUGUACUAUAUAGAAAACUUGAGCUUUCAGAAAAGUUACUACACGUAUAAAUUGAAGCAAGUUUACUAGGAAAAAACGUGUCUACAGAUUAGAAGAAGAAAAAAAAAUAAAAAAAUAAACAGCAUUGUAAAAUCAAUAGUUCCCACGCUACGCUCGGAAUCUGAAAGAAAUUAUCGGAUGAUCAUCGUUUAUGUAUUUUUUUUUUUUUUUUUUAAAUAAACAUAUUAAAGGCCAUUGCAUAGACCAAUGUGAUUGCAUUUAGUAUAAUCUUUUUCAACCCAUUGCAUUUAGUGCAUACCAAUUGUGUGUGUUAUAAUUUAUAAUUGCAAUAUGUUCUAUUUACUUUUAUCAAUGGUUGUAUAUUUGCAUACGCUUUUAUUUACAUAUUCUGAGCCGACUUUAAAUACGACAUUUUAAAACAUUAUUUUCGCUAAUUUUCUUUACGUAUUACAUAUAUAAAUUGAUAUCUAAUCAGUACCGGCUUCUUAGUUCGACAAUUUUCAAAAAAAAAAAACUGAAAAUUAAAGACAUAAUAUCAGUAUUUUAAUUUUAAUUAUAUGAGACGUCUGUUUUUUUUUUUUUUGUUACAAGAACGCUUGAUCUAAUCAAAAACAUCGAGGGGAUAUUUGGUAGCGUGUUUUAUCUUAUCAGUGCCUUCCGAGAGGUCAGUUUUUGAAAUUCUUAGUAUUUUUAUACUUUUUUUUCUCAUUUCUUUGUGGUUCCACGAAAAAACAACCACGAAGUUAACCGUGAUUUAUCGUUUUAAGUUUCUAAAGUUUAGAACACGUUAUAUCCUCAUUUUAUACAUCCAUCCGUCUAGUUACUGAUGUACUCAGUUGUUGGUUAACGAAAAGAUAGAUAUUAUUCGUAAUAUUAUUAUUAUUAUUUGUAUUUUAUAUACGAAAUAAUAAUGUGGUUUAUUUUAGGCUCUAUGAGAUGAGUGACCAACAAUUCUGGUUUCUGCAGUCUGUUAAGUACUUCUAAUUUAAAUAUGAUUAUUAAUUAUUAAUUCAUAUUAGCCAAUUUUUAAAAAAUAUAGGUAACGAAAUGUAAGUAUAUUUUUUUUGAAUUUUAAUAAAAAGGUCUUGUCAAUUAUUUUAAAAAUUAUUAAGAUAUAUUUUAAUUUAUUUAGGUUUCUACACACAAUCAUAAUAUACUAGUUUAUCGGAUUCUUUCAGAAUUGUUUAUGGUACUAUAUUUUAUUGUUAUAAAAAAAUACCAUAACUUAGCUCGCAGAGCAUUUUUUCCUAACAUGUUUGUUUGCUAUUAUUUUAUAUCAAUGUUUUCUGUACCUAUAUUUUAUUUAUAAUGUUAACUUAAUAACUUUUUAUACUUGUCAAUUCCCACCUACAACAAAGGCUUACAACGGUGUGAAAUAUGUGGAGGGCUAUAAUUUGUUCGAAAGUAUUUUGUCGAAAAUAGUUUUUUUGGAAACGUAUUUUGUCGAAAAAAAUAAUUCGUUGAAACCGUAUUUUGUCGGAAAAAUAAUUCAUCAGAAAGUAUUCUGUCGAAACUGUUCAAUAUAAUUUCAAAAGCACUCUGUGACUGCACGUUAUCGUCAUUGGGUAAAAAUUAUUUUCUGACAAAAUAUUAUUCCAACGAAUUCUUUUUCCGACAAAACAUUUUCAAAUAUUUUACGCGUCCCCAAAUGUGCCCGGCCUUUUUUUAUUGUUAUUAUAUAAUGAUUUUUUCUUUUAUGUUCAUCUCUCAUUUCUACGCUUUUCAUUACGCAAUGCCAUUAAAAUAUUAUAUAGAUACGUAGGUAAAAACAAAUGAAUGCAAAAUAAAAUUUAAAAAAAAAACUCGUAUGAUUAACAUACGUAUUUCGUUUUUCUUAUAUCUUAUUUAAUAUUACAUCCGUAUACGUUUAUAAUUAUUUAAUAAUAAAUGCAGCAUAUACUAUAACCUAUGUAUACAAUAUAUACUACAACAUAGACGUAUACUCGAUAAUAAAUUAACAUAUUAACCUUGUAUAAUAUUAUGUACUAUACAUUAUAUUUUACCUAUAGAUAUGAGAUCCGAUUACUUUAAUAAUUGCAUGGUUAAUAAAAUUCAUUGUUCUUUACAAUCAAUAUCCCGAACAGAACCCACACCAAAUAUUUUAUAUAAAUAAUAAUAACGGACGCAGUGAUUCCGAUAUUUCAAUAUAAGAACUUCGUUCAUUCCAAAAAUAUUUAUUAUAUACAUAGUGUAACACGAAAAUCUGCCACUUAAAUUUACGUUUGUUCUAUUCAAUUAUUUAUUUAAAUAAUUAGUAUGACUGUGCUACAGUUUAUAUAUGAACAUUUUUUUUUUUUUUUUUUUUUUAGUGAGAAGGAACUCAAAAUGUGUAAUUUUUUUAAAAAAAUUCAAAAUACAUUUUUAGAAAAAUAUACGUAAGUUUCAACUACCUAAAAUGUUCAAAAAACCCAUUUUACAAAAUAGCUAUUUUAAAUUUGUUUCAAAAAGUUAUGGUGACAUUUUAAUUUGAAAUCCCCCCCCCCCCUAAAAAAAGUUUCAUUUAUAAACUAUAGCGUAGAGGCAUAUUAGUUAUUUUAAAAAAAAAAACUAUUUAGUCAAAAUAUUGACUAAAACAAAAGUUAUUUUAAAUGACAGAUCUUCGUGUAUAUUAUGUUUGUUAUAAAUUUAAAUUCUACAAUUAUUAUAGUAUUAUAUGAACAAUUAUUACUUGUGUGCCUAUAUUAUAUUACUGUGGCAGUUUUUUUUUUUCUUGUUUUUGAAAUUAUUGGGAAAUUCAAAAAAUGAUCUGCAAUAUACCGUCUAUGGUUAAUUUCCUAUUUAUAUAGUUAAAUCCUUUCAAAGGAAAAUUGAAAAUAAUGAAUAUCAACAAUGGUGCAUAUUUAUAACCCAAAAAAGUAUUAAUCUAAUCGAAUAUAAUAUUAUUGUGUAACUAUCUACAAUACUCAAUGGGUUGUCCCAUGAUGUUUACGACGCUUCGCCAUAGAUACGCAUGAGCUCUUGACAAUAGAAGCAAACAAGUUAAUAAUAUUAUGCUUACCUAAUACAUAUAAUAUUAUUCAAUGUUCAUUGUCGCUAUUAUUUUUAAACAAUUUGUAUGUUAUUAAUGCUACCAUUGAUCCUACUGAUAUAAUUAUGUCAUGUAAAUACAAUUCAAAUUUAGGGUGGUGAACCAAAAAAAAGUUUUAGAACCUCUGUUAAAACUAUUAUAGUCUAUAUCGAUACUAAUAAAUAGCUGCCUUUUACUAAGUAUUAAAUUUAUUUAUACCUAAUAGAAUUGUAUAUACAGUCCCUAGAGGAUUUUAUAUUUUUCAUUAAUGGAGUAUUUUACUGUAUAUUACAUUAUAACCCCACUAUUUCAAAUUAAUAAAUCAUUUUGGGACAGAAUAUCUAACCUAUGUAUAAAAUAAUGAAAUACAUUUUUACUAGAACUUAUAUUUUAUAAUUUUAUUUUAAAUAUUAGAUAUUCUAUCAAUAUUUUUAAUUGUCAUCUAUAUAUUUUAAAAAAAUCUAAACCUGAAAUAGUAGUAAACUAAAAUAGAUAUUAAAAAAUUACAUGCUACUACUUAAUUUAACUUACAGUUUUCACGACAUUUUUUCAUAGUAUUAGAACUUUUAAAAGGUUAAACCAAUUUAAAGAUUUUAUAGUGUAUUAUUUACGAUGUAUUAUAAUGGCUUGCAAAUGUUAUGUUAAAUGCAAUUUGGAAAUUUUUGUUAUAUUCAAUUUGGAAAAAUUGUUAUAGUUUUGCAAUUAUGAUGCACCAAAUCAGGUAUAACACUAUAGCUAUAACUACGGCUUUACUAGCGGUUUUGGAUAACAACUAUUUUAUUUAUUAUUUUGAUGAGGUAAUAUAUAAUUUUCGUUAUUAUAAUUAUUUGUGUUAAAUUUUGAAUCAAUACCUUGUAUAGGUAAUUAUGUGGAUUACACCACGCUUUCACAAAGUAUCCAUAAGUAUGAUAUUCUCUAACUGCAAUAUAAAUUCUCAAAAUGUAUACACAUAUAUACAUUAUAUCUACCGAUCUUUUAAAACACUUUUGCGUAAUCUCCACGGACGAAGGUUAAUUCGUUAUAUUAUUCGAGCACAGAUACUGCUAAUAAAGACGUGAUUGUACACAGGCGCGGCCGAAACUUUUCCUUCCUCCCCAGCCUACACCCUACAACAGCAACAGCAGUAUUCAUUAAAAACCGUCCCGAGUUUAUUCGUUGAACUUCUUCCAACAAAGUGUGCAUAUACGAUAUACAUACGUAUGUGUAUAAACGUCAUAACCCCCCAGAUAUGAUAGGGAGUGCACGAUUUGUGAAAAUAUAUAUUGUAUUAUAUCUCCUAAAAUUAUUAUUCAACUUUCGUAUAAUAAUUUCGUAGUCAUUAACAAUUUCCUUUAUAUUCCGCGCUCUCCCCAAUUAAGAUGUUUAUAUAUGACGUAUGUGUGUACACUGUACAUUUUAUGCUCUUUUAUACAUAGAAAUAUAUCUAGUAUAUGGUUACAUGAAACAUCUAGAUUUAUAAAUUAUUUACAUUUCGUUAUUAAUAUAAUUGGCACAUUCAUAUGUGGAGGUGCGGAAAACUAGAAUUUCGCUGUAACCGAUUCUUCGCACCUGUGUCUCUUCAUCGUCUUUUCUCCUCAUUCGCGUCUUUCCUUGUAUUUUAUCGUUUCAGUUAUGACCGUUUUAUCAAAUUUUCCCCCGAAAUAGAUACUAUUGUACUGAAUUGUGUCUGCCGUUGUAGGUACAUGCUCAUAUAUAAAUACUUUUUGAUACUCUUAGCGGCUUCCACUUAAUCAGAUUAGCUCAAACUCGAAAAUAAGAGUAGUUUUAUAUCCGGAAUGAAAUGAUAAAAUGUAAGUUGAAUUUCACCGUGUUAUUGCGGGAGAAUAGUGUUUCAGAUUCUGAGCGAAACGAGAAAAGUAUUGGUUUUACAAUGUUGUUUUUUUUUUUUUUUUUUUAUGAUGUGUACUAAAUUUCCACCAGAAAUCUUGCUCUGAUUUUCUAGUGUAGCAACUUUUCUUGUAUUUUACUGGUUAUUUUUUAGUUAUCCGAUCAAUUUUUAUAAUAAUUGGGGAGAAAACGGGAAAUUAAUAAAAGUAAUGUUUUUAUUACUUUUAAUUAUGUUUUAUUGUUGUUAUUUAUUAAAAAUAUUCCUAGAGACUUAAAAUAUGAACAGAAAACUUAUAUUUGCAUUUUCUAGACUUAGUCAAAUUUUCAAAACAUUUCAGUCAUUUUUAAGCAAUUUUAUUCGGUAGUUAAUCUGUAGAUACAAUAUUGUUAUAUAUACCAAACAGAAAUGGUUUAAAAUUUAACAGGGGGAUUAUUUUAAGUUGUACUUAUCGUUCAACAAGAAAAUAUUGAGUUCAAUGCAGUACCUAUUUUUUUAUAUUUAUAUACAUAUAUAAGAAUUUUAAUAUCAAAUUUUGACGAAAAUCGUAAAUAUUACGGCAUUUUAAAACAUGUAUAACCUAACUCCGCUCAGAAUCGUUUUUCGUUUGCAAUGAUUAAUCGUUAUACACAGAUAUAUAUUAAAAUUCCCACUGUAUAUUAUAUCUUUCCAACUCCUCGUCUACAACAGUGGCCCAGAGCAAAGUAUAGUCGUCUUUUUUAGCUUUGUAAAUCCUUAUACAUAAAUAAUGCUAGGGGGUAAAAUUUACAUGGUACGAGGAUUAUUAUUGUGCCUUUGAGAGUUUCAACUUUCAACCCCAUCCCAAUCAUUUUUAUGAUUAAAUUUCAUGUUAUCGCAGGAAAUACCGUUUUUUAAAUACGCUUACAGAAAUAUAAUAAAACUCCUGACAACCAUAAUUUUUUGUUCUACAAUUAUAGUAAAUAAAAUAAUUAAAUAUUGUAACAGAGACAAAUCGGUCAGGGAAAAAUUCGAUUCUCAUGAUGGAACUCUGAUGCUCACUUGUAUUUUAUUUUGAAUGUGUAUAAUAUUAUCAUUUUCGACUCUCCGGGCAUACAUGACGUUUAGAAGCCGCCCCUCGGCUCUCGGUUCUUUUAUACUAUUUUAGCCGCCCUUUAUACGCAUAAUAUAAUAUAUUGUAAAUUUACGAAUUUUUUUUCUCAAAAGACGCUAAUAUAUGUGGUAUAUGUAUACUAGCUAGGUAGGUGUAUUAGGUGCGGGUAUAUGGAACGAGAAAAACCGGAGCGCCAAAUCAAGAAUAUAUAUAUAUGUAUAGAGUAUAUAUAUAUAUAAUACAUACUGGGUUUAGAGAGGAGAGUUGAGUGACCCCCGUGGCGAACUACACAACAACAAGGCACAUGCCUAUAAUGCACACACACACACACACACACACACUGAUUCCACGCACAGUGAAUAUAAGCUGCUUGUGCAUAUAGCCGUGAGAAGAAGGCGCGCAUCCCGCCCGCCGCGCGCCGCCUACCGGAUGCUUGUCACGAUUUUCCUGGGCGAGAUCAUCGCGCAACAACCCGACCCUCCCCACCCCCGCCCAACGUUUCCUCGCCCGUUCCGAGUUGGCGGCCGCCACAACGAUAUGAUAUUAUUAUAUAAAUAACCUUUCACCGUGAUACACACACAAACACACACUAACCGUCUCGCGGGGUACUAUAUACGCGAAAACUGUAAUAAACACAAACGCGGGGUAGGUAUAUUAUAAUAGGUAGGUAGAUGCGAUAGUAAUAAUAAUAUUAUGCAGACAGCAAUCAUGUGUGUACUGUGUUUUGUUUCCCCUAUUAUAUAUUAUGUUAACAAAAAAAAAAGUGAUGAUACUGCCGAUGGGUGUCACUGUUGUAGUGUAGAUGAGAAGUUAUAAAAAAUUAUGAUACCCCGGGUUAUUUGAUUUUUAUCUGUACGAAUUCCUAACGAAUUCCUACGAUUCUGUGCAAAUUCGACGUUUUAAAUUUAAACGCGUAUAAAAAACCUAACAUACGUUGCGCUCGACUUUUUGAAGCCAAUAUUAAUAUUCUGUGCAAAUUUCCUGUUUCCAAAAUUAUUUCUACCUAAAAAAAAAUCGAAAAUAAAGAAACCGUUAUUACCGUAAACUUUCCCGUUUUCCCCCGAGAAAACUGCGAGGAAACUUAAAAACCCUACUGUCAGUGCAAAAAUAGUACUAUAUUUUCCUACAGAAAGAUGCUACCUUCAAAUUCUGAAUAAAUUUCUGAUAAAAAAAAACAAAAUCGAAAGUAAUAGUAUCGUUAUCGCCAUAAAUUUGUACUGUUAUUCCCAAUUGAAAAAAAUGACCUCAAUGCACCAAUUAAAUACAAAGUACUACAAAAAAAGCUCUCAUAAUUUUUUGGUUGGAGAAAGUUUUCUGGUAAAACGCAAAAACGUAUUAACAACCACUAAAAUAAAAAAAAAAAGCAUCAUAGUAUAGCCAAUACAUUCCUCGUUGUAUUCAGAAUCUAUAAAAUUACUGAAAUUGUUGGGUUAGAUUUGGUAUAUAUAAUAAAUCAUUAAAGUAAGAUUCUAGUAUUGUUUAUGUAUACAAAUUAUAAGUAUCUAUUACUAGCAUUUUUCUUAGGUAAGUAAUAUUUAAGUAAAAACUUAUCUAUGAAUUUGACCUUAUAUAUAUAUACAUCUAGCGAUGUAUCAAUUUACGCAUUGACAAGUACACACGCGCAUGCACACAUGUACAAACACAGUUAUUCUAUGCAUUGAGGGAGGGUGGGAUACAAUACAAAAUAAUAUUUAGAUUUAAACUAAAGCGAUAAGAGAGAGAUUGUAAAAUAUACUAGAUAUAGCCAAUUAUAUCUCUCCAUAUCUAUACAUUGUGUUGUAUAAUAGUCCCAUGAAUUCAGCAGCAAGAAACCAUAUUUUAUGAAAUAUUAUUGUUUAUGUAAUGAUAUAGAAACAAUUUGUAAUUAGUGUAAAAUAGUUUUCAUAAUAUUAUCACUUCAUCAAUAAAAUGUAUCUUCUUGGUAUAUUAUACCCUUUAUACUAUACACAGCUGUUAAGUUUCAGAUUUACUCAUAGAGGCCAUCUAUAGUUUUAUAUAAUUGAUUUGAAGUCCAUUAUAUAUCAUAAUAUAAGGUGAACACCGUGAUUUCCACAUUUAAUGAACAUUUAAAAAUGUUUAGGAAUUUUAAUUAUUCAAAAUUACAAGACUUUUUUUUGUUAAAAACCGCAUAUUUAAAAUAAUUUCACAUUAUGUCUUUUUAUUGAUUCAUUAUUUGUCUCCUAUAUUAAGUUCAAAAUGUUUAACAAUACUGUAUAACCACUUAAAAUUGUUAAAUAUUUAAAAUAGGUUUUAAAAUCUCAAAAAAAUGUAAUUAAUUCAAAAAUAAAAAUUGUAUCCAUAUUAUUUAUUAUUCACUCUGCAGGUGAAUCCAUCCGUGGAAAAUGCAUAAUGGUGUGAGAAUUAAUUAAUAAUAUCAAUAAUUAAAUGUAUAAAGAUGUAUUACCACGUUAUAAGUACAAUAAUAAUGAUAAUUAUUAUUUGUUAUUGAACGAAUAUAAUAUAAAAGUAGAAUAUUAUACUUUCUGAAUAAAAUCAAUGUUGAUAAGUUCUACGUGAAUUUGUAUGCCAGCACCUUACUAUUAAAUCGAUAUUUCAAUCUAAAACCGAAGUCAUUUGUGACAUGUAAUAUAUUUUAAUUUAUUUUAUUGAACUCUUGAGUAAUUUACCACAACAACAAAAAUAUCGAAAUUUGUAUAGCUAUAUAAUACGCCUAUGAUAUUAAUCUAACACCUCUAUAAAAUUUCAUAAUUUCUCAACGUACAAACAUUAUAAGUAAAAAAACGAACAUACUUCGCACGAUUAAUAGGCCACUGUUAUCAGUCAGAAGUUUGGAAGGUACGAUAUAAAGGGUAAUUUAAUUUAUAAUUGUAAGAAAUGAUGAACCAUUGCUAACGAAAAAACGAUUCAAAGCGUGGAGUUUCUUUUAUACAUUUUCCUGUUUUUCACAAUUAUUAUGAAAACCGUUUGAAAAACCAAAAAAUGACUGCUAUAUAAAGUAUCACCCAGAUUAAAUUUCCUUUCAGAAAAGAUACCACACUUUUAAAUCAGAGCAAGAUUUCUGAUAGAAAAGUUGUUCAGAUAAAAAAAAAUAAUCUUAAACAUCAUUGUAAAACUAACACAUUCCUCACAACACAUCGAAUCUAAACUAAUAAGGUAGCUUUUCCAAUAUUAUUAGUUUUGAUUUAAAGUUAAAAGCUACGUUACCUAUAUAAAUUUAUGUUAACAUACUUUUUAAUUUUGUUAUUUCAUUUUUAUACAAGAUUAAAUGUUCUUUCCCUAGUCGAUUUUGCACAUAACAUUUCUUAUUACUUAUACGUAUACAUUAUAUUUUGAAUAAAACAGUAUAUUAUGAUGAAUAAUUUAUUAUAUUUUUUCGUUACCUUAAUAUUAUAAAACAAAAUCAUAAUGGUACAGUCACUAUACCAAAAAAAAAAUGUAUCCUCUAUACUUUUAAAUUAAGUAGCUAUCUAAAUAUAAUAAUACAGUAGUAUAGUUUUUAGUUUAAAAACAUUUCGUAAUUUUUCUUUUUAAUAUUUGUUUUUAAAUAAAUAAUUAUUAGUAUAGACUACAAUGCAUGCAUACCUGCAUGAUUAGUGUGUAUCUCAAGGAUAAAAUAGUCAAUUCUUAUAUACGUCACUAAAUUAUAAACAAAUUAUAAUAUCUUGAAAAAAAUAAUAAUAAAUAUAUAUUUUAAGACAUAUUAUUUAUAAAUGAGUUAAACGAUUGAUUAUAAUUAAAAAAUACAAUAUCGAUUUGGAUUUACACUUAUUUAAUUAAUAAAUGUAGACCUUAAAAACUAACUGGUUGCGUUAUAAUAUUGUCAUUACAUAAAAUUCUUAGUGAAAAUAAAUUUCUAUUUAAUACAGGUACCUAUUAUUUAUUAAUUGAACUAUUUAUCCAAUUUUAAGUAUUUGAGAUUAAAAAUGUAAAAAACAAAACUAAAAUGUAAUCUUUUAAUUCAUUUUAAAAUCUAUUAGCAUUAUAGAUUAUAUUUGAAAAAGUUUAUGAUUUUAUCCAUUAGAUCUAAUAAUAUUACAGACUACAAUAAUUAUUUAUUAUAAGUACAUAUUAAUCAAUAUUUUUAUGUAUGUAUGUAUAUAUAUAUAUAUACACACACAAAUGAAAAACCUUUUUGAAUAAAUUUUUGUUUGUAGGUAUUUACAAUGUAUUAUAAACAAUAAAUGAACAUUAAGCUAGGUAGGUACUUCGAAUGUUUUAAGUAUCUACACGUAUAUUGCAUGCUUUACAGAUUUUUUUAUUUUUCUCAAGUACCUACACUUAUUUGCAUUGUUUUAUUUUGGUGCGGUUACGUUAGAAGGUUACUAGUAAUUCAAUAACGUCAUACAUAGUCUGAUAACGAUUCUGAAUUGCCUAUUUAAAAAUUCCGAUAAACUUUGAACUAUGUACAGUGAAAUGACACCUUUUGGGAAAAUAUAAUCUUGACUUUCGAAUAUAUUGUAUAUAUACAAUAUAUAUAUAGAUUAUAGGUUCCAACACAUUGUAGUAAAACUUUACAUUCGUUAAAAAAAGUAUGUAGUCAGUACACGCACACUGUAUUUUUAUCCGUUGAAAGCAUAAUGUGUCAGGUGAAAGCUCCUCGCUUUGUUUUAUCUGAUCCAUUGAUCAGAUUUAGAUAAAUUUUAUAUUUUUUUUGUUUCCCGUACACAUACACAAAUUCUAAUUAAUCACUUUUGAACAUAUAUUUCUAGAAAUUUUGUUAUGCAGAACACUAAUAUCAGUGUUAUAAACAUUUAAAGUUUAGACCGAAGGAGUAGAGAAGAGUUAACAGUUUAACAUUCAAUAGAUAUACAAUUUAUUACCCUUCAUUACUCCAGUCUAAAUUUCAUACUGUUAUAACUCAUAAAUAGUUAACUCAAAAUAAUUGUUAUGCCUAUCAAAGUUUAUAAACAAAUAUCAUCUAUUCGAAUCUGUUUUCAAAAAGGAGGUUCCUAUUUGAAAACCAAGUAUAUACUUACUGGAAGUAUAUGAAUUAGGGGUAAAAAAUUAAAAUUGGUUUUAAAAUGAAUUCUUAACGAUUCUACGAUAACUAUGAAAAAAAAAAAAAACAGAAAUCAAAUUGACUUAAAACCACCCCGUACAUUACAGAAUAUAUAAUAUCAUUAUUAUAGAAAUAUACAUUUGUUUUAUUCGUUCGUCGUCUGAUUGAGCGAAGCGUGAUAAUAUUUUAUUCGUCGUGCAACAGUAGUUCAACUUACUGCUGGAAUAUCUAUAGUUUUAUACAGUUCUCACUACCAUAAUAAUCAAAGAUAAAAACCACCAAUCGGCGAUUUCUACCGAGAAUCAUUUUAUUUCGAUUGCAAUAAUGAAAAAUGUAAAAAAAACUCGAGAAAUCGAGAUAAGUGCCUGUUUAACGUCUACCUAUACUAUUUAUAACACAAUGUAUUAUCUUGCAGAAAAAAAAUACCUUCCUAGUCGCUUAUAUUUUUAUAGAUCACUUAUAUUAGUCUAUUCUGUAGUUAUAAUUAAUAGGUUAGGUUAAUGUAUCAAAUAAAAUGAGACUUAUAAUGAUAAUAUUUUCGUCAAAAUGUCUACAUAUAAUUGUAUUAUUAGAUGACACAAAUAUCGUAUGUGUACCAUUCACGUUUGAAGUAUUAGUUUUUCUCCUAACAAAUCUAUGGUAAAUUUUUGUAAAUUUUGUUAAUUAAAUAUUGUCAAUUCCGUCAAUAAAUAAAUAUGAAUAUGUACCUUAAAACGAUUUAUAGCCUUUAAAAUUGUAAGUGGUGUACUCAACGAGCAUCAAUAACAAAUUUGUUCCGUACCACCUUUUAAAAUAUUUUAAUCUGUCAUUAUUUUAUAUUACACAACCAAUCAUGAUAUAGUGUGAUUUACAACAGUAUAAUUGUAUAAAAUAACAUUAUAAUUAUUAGAUUAUGAAUAUGACGGAGAAUCUAUUAUUUUUGCAAAGAUGUAUUUAAUUUUUCUCAGAAAACUUACAAUUAGUAAAAAUGUUCUGAUUAUUUAUAUUAUACCUUAAAAUUGUUGACUUUUAGCGUGAUAGUACUUAAUUUGAAAACAUUUUUAAAAUAUUCGACAUUUCACCUCCUAGAGAUCCCUUUUUGAUAACCUUAACAAAAAAACGUUUAAACAAAACCCCUUACCAUUCCAGCUACCCACAUAGAGCAAUAAAGCAAUAUUUAGAAGUUAAAAAAGUUUUAUUCACAUAAAAUCAUCAUUAUGAAAAAUAUACCUAUUAAAUACUCGUGUAUUUAUACGUAUACUCAUGUUUAUAUCUUGGUACUUUUGUUGAGUUUAAUAAAUAUAUAAAUAUAGUUUGUCAAAACAUUGCAUAACUAAAAUUUGUCUAAUUUCUUUUAUUUCUCGACUAUUCUCAAAUAAUAUUUCCAUUUUAGUAACUAUAAUUUGCUUAUUAGAAAUAUAAACUGUAAUUUAAAUAAUUUAUAAUAGGUACCUAUUCUAUUUUCAAGGAAAAUUAUUAAAAUAUAUCCUUUGUGUUUGAAAUUUUAAAAAUGGGCUUAAUAGUUACAUUAAAUCUCUAAUUUAUACCAUGAAAAGAAUAAAAAAUUAAUGUAUACCAGGAAAAUCGAUUAAGUGUCUACAUACGAGAUUACUACUAAUAUAUGCUUACUAACUAGGGCGCAAAUUAUCAAGUUGCCCCAAGGUACUUAAUUCCCUAACUACGCCACUAUGUAUCUCCAUCGCCUGCAAAAUUAAAAUAUAGCUCGCGUUCACUGUGUGAAAUAUUGCGGGAAAAUUUUUAACUAUUCAUUAUACGAUUCUGUAUUCAAAUUCACUAUAAGUAAUUUUAUAAGUAACUUUUGAGUAUAAAUAAUUAAAAUCUCAUAUUAGUAUACGUAUAUAUUUAAUUCAAUUAAAUAUGAUAAAAUAUAAUAUUCCUGUUUACUACGUUACGCAAUACUAACAAAUAAUUACAUUGGUCAACCGUUAAAUUUUUUAUAAUAAAACAAAUAUCUUACUCCUAAUUAUUAUCAAAAUAAGUUAACUAUAUAGGAACCUGUGUUCUUAUUUAUUUAAGCAUAUUAUAUUUUAAAUUAUAGUAAAUAUUGUUAUUAAGUAUAAUUUUAAUGUUUAAAAAUAAUUACUGCAGUGCCCAGCUGCUUUAGGAAUUUAAAAAAACUACAAUAAUAUUAAGAAAAUGGUUUUAUGACGAUUUAUGUAUAUCUUGCGAUUUUUUUUUCCCCAUGUGAAAUCACUGUAGGGAGAAUCAUUGCGAAAUCGAAAGGCGGCGGCGGAACAAGAUGACAGCGUACAUCACAGAACUAUCGGACAUGGUACCAGCAUGUCAGUCUCUAGCCCGAAAACCGGACAAACUGACUAUUCUUCGUAUGGCAGUAAACCAUAUGAAGAGUCUCAGGGGUAUGUAUAUAUUCAAAUUAUUUUUUUUAAAUUAUAACUACAAAAAAUAAUAGUAAUAUAAUUUGUUCAAAACAUAUAGUUGAAAAAUAAAUCUUAAUAUUUACCUAUUAUAAGUUGGUAGAUUAGGCUCAAUUCAAUACAAUAGCAUAAUUAAGAAAAUAAAAUUCGAUAAUGGUAGGUAAAUUUUGCAAUUCUCUCAUAUAGAUCAAUUUUUUUUAAUUAACUGAACGUCACAGUAACAUUUGCCGUCUCUGUCUAUCUAACGAGCAACUUAGCAAAAAUGUAUUUCACACUUUCAACAGUACUCUGGACAUAAUAGUUUAUAAUAUUAAUAUUAAUAAGUAAUUAAUUAAACAAUAAUAUUAUACACAAGUGAGUUAGUAUAUCCGUCAAAUACAAGGUUUCCCACAAAAAAAUACACCUAUUUCAUGUACAAUGUUGUAUAUCCAGAAUCCACUGUAGGAAACUAUUUCAAUACGAGUGUUUUGAAAGUUUAGUAUCAUGAUAGAAUAUGGCAACAAUAGUUUCAUAUCGUUUAUUAUUUAUAAAUCAGCGUCCUGCACUUAUCACGAAUGCAAAUCAGGAUCGAUCUUUUUGGAAAUAAAAUUCAAUAUCCAUAUGUUAUAUAGGUACAGCAAAAACUCUUUUAACUACCACUCUCUAUUAUCCAUCGUCUCCAAAAAUAAGUUAAUGUAGUAAUCGCGGUAAACAAGUUAUCUUUAUCUUCAAAAGAUAACUGAUUAUUUUGUUUAGUAUGUAUGUAUGUAAGUAUGUAAAUUUAUAUUAUUUUUGUAUGAAAAUACUCACGUUGUAACAUUCUCGGUCCCGACAGUGACAGUUAAUAGAGUUUCUGCUGUGCAAUAAUAUUAUUAUUAUUGUGAUAUUUUUAGCUUGAUGGAUUCUAAUAAUGACCAUAUCUACUAUUAGUUUUUAUACAUCAUUUAUUCUUUUAAAAUGUAUAAAUUGUAGUGGAGUUUUAUAUAGUAGCUAUUAAAACUAAUAGAAAAAAAUACAUUCAAGUCCAAUUUAUAUAGACCAUAACAUAUUAUGUACUUGGCUUACGUAUACUUUUAUCGAAAAGACUUGCAGUAACAGCUGCACUUGCCGCUUAUUACUAACGAAAAAUGAAACUAAAACCUAAAUUAAAAAUCUAAAUAUUGUUUGAAUUAUUAUAUUAUGAUUAUCUGGUCCAUUUAUUUUGACAUUUUCCUGUUAUUCGAUUGAAAUUUAAGAAUGUAGAACACUUUUAUUAUUAAAUCAAAUUUUCGUGAUGUCGAUCCUUGAAUUAUUAGCAGGGCCCGGAAGUUCAUGCAUUUACAUGUUUUUACUGAAUAAACUAAAAAAUUGCUAGAUCAGCUACAAAUUUGAAUUAUACUUAUACAAAUCUAAAUAAAACAUUUUAUUUUGCAUAUAAUUUCAUAUUUUAUAGUUCUUUUAUUUAUUUACGUAUUUUACAAUUUUUUCGUUAUUAACUACAUAUUCUAGUCAAAUAUUAUGUAAUUAAAAAAGUAAAUUAAUGAAACUAAAUGACCUAUUAAUAAAUUUCUGAUAUUUUCCAAUACGAUAACAAUUCUUUCGUUUAUUAAAUUAAUAUAUUAUUAAUAAAUAAAAUAAUGGCGCGAAGCACAGCGGCCCAAUAACGGCUAAUAGACAAUAUAUUUAUUUUUAGAAAAGUUCUGUUAUUUUCUAUUACGAUAAAGAUUCUUUCUUCUCCUUGUAAAAUUAUAGAAUGCAGUCAGUUCUGGAUUUCUCGUUUAUAUUGUUUGACGUCUUCCGUGAAGUAAUAUCGAGUGUCCGUCUUUUUUGAUUAAAUUGUGUUAAAAUACCAAAAUUAAAAACAUCAGCUACUUAUAAAAGUAAAAACUAUGUUACUGAAUUCGGUGAACAUAUUUUCGCGUUCGACGGGAGUAUAUUAUUUUGUAAGAUAUGCGAGGUAAAGGUGAAAUGCGAAAAACGUUUCAGUGUCACUCAGUACUUAAGUACAGAAAAACAUAUAAGAGCCUCUAAUCGUCAAAAUAAAAAUACAACUCAACUGCUAAUUACUGCUACACCAACACGAAAAUCUGAUUUUUCUAAGAAUUUAUGUGAAACAUUCUUAAAAUAAAAUAUUCCAUUAUAAGAAUUAGAAAAUCCCCAUCUUUGUUCAUAUUUUAAAAAAUACGUAAAUAAAGAUAUACCAUCUGUAUCUACACUGAGAAAAAUAUAUGUCAAUAAUUGUUACGAAGAUACGAUGAAUGAGAUAAGAAAUCAAAUACUUAAUAAAAAAAAUCUGGGUGUCUAUAGAUGAGACGACAGAUAAAUAAGGACGAUAUGUUGCCAAUGUGAUAAUUGGAACCUUACUAACUGACGGACCAAGUAAAAUAUUUUUACUUGCCAUCGGGAGUAUUGGAAAAAGCAAACCACACGACAAUUACUAAAUUAUUUGAUAAAACUCUUUUUUUCUUUGUGACCAAAUGGAAUUAAACAUGACAAUGUUAUUUUAUUUAUAAUAAUAUUUAAUAUUUAUAAGAUUUUUAAGAGCUUAAAUAGAUUUUAUUAAUAAUUAUUAAUUAUUAUUGUUUUAUUUUUAUUUAAAAUGGUCAAAACUUUAAAAGUCACGGUUAAAAAAAUGUUCAAUUGAUAUAAUAUGUUAUGUAGAUUAUUUUUUGACGACGAAAAGUAAACAAUAAUUCAUAUAUGUACUUCAAAGCAAAAAAAAAAAAAAUAUUUAUAUGAGUGUAUACUGCCUUGCUAAGAAAUAGUGCCGUAAAAAUAAAUGUAUUUGUUUUGUAAUAAAUGCAUGUUUAUAUUUUUUAUUUUCUUACACCUUUAUUAUUUUAUAUUCUAUUUGAUUUAAUAUAAAAUAUAUUAUCCACCUUUAUGGUAUUUUUGAUGAGGAAUGCAAUGAAAUAAUAAUAAAAUAGUAUAUUUUAUAAAUUCAAGUUACUUUUAUGUUUUUACUUAGCAACAUAAGUCGUAAAUACUUAUAUUUACCAAGGGAAAAUUCCGUAAAUAAAUUAUAUGGUACCUAUUAUUAAAUAAUAACUAUAAAUUGUCUAUAAAUAAAUAUUUGUCAAAGUAUUACACCAUAAAUAAAUAUAUAUUAUAAAAAAGUUUUUUACAAAUCAAAUUGUCAAAAAUUAAAAAAGUUGAUUGGUUCAAAUUAUAGUCAAACACUUGUAGGUAUAUUUUCCCACGACUAUUUCCUAUUUUGUCGUAGGACUUGCUUUAAGUUGUUAAGAAUGUCCUUUCGUUUUUCAACAGAAAUGUGACAAGGUCCAUUUCAACGGAUGAUUUCCAACAUUUCGGACAUUUUCAUACAAUUAUGAUGUAAUAUAGAGUGUAGCAUAUUUUCUGAAAAGAUAAUUUAUCUGGCUGGUGUAUUAAGCAGAUCACUUUUUGAUUUUCUUAGGGGUUUUCAAAAUAAUUGGGAAAACCCGGAAGAAUAUUAUUAGUUAAAUGCAAACAUUUACGGUGUUAGUUUUCAUUGUUUUAAUUUGUUAGCAUGAUGAUUUCUACCAAAAAUAUAUGGAGGAAUCUCCAGUUGAAAAAAUAUAAAGAGAUCUUUUUGGUUAAAUUUUUUAUUUUAAAAAAAAACUUUUAUUUUGUUGUUAUUGAAUUAAAAAUAUUCAUAGAGAUUUGAAAUUGCGACAGAUAACUUAAUUUUGCAAAUUUUGUACGUAAUUUUUAUUCGGUAAGUACUCUGUGGUAAAAUUGUUAGACUUAAUAGAAGUACUUGAAAAUUUAACAGGAGGUUCAUUAAGAGUCUUACUUUGUGGUCAAAAAAAGAAAAUUUGAGUUUAACGUAGUAUUUUUUUUUAUAAAGGAAUUUUAAUAUCAAAUUUUGACGAAAAUCGUUGAGAAAAAAAUUAUGUGGAACAAAUCUAAUUUUUCAAUUUUUUUUUUUUUUCUAACAUGUUUAUUGCCGAUUUAAGAACGAUGGUGAAGUCAGAAUUAAGCGGACUGACUUAGUUUCAAAGUUAUAGCUUUUUAAAGUUCUAAUAUUAUGCAGAUAUUAUAUAUUAUAUUAAAUAACAAAAUAUUGUCUUCUCGCAAAUAUAUUUGUCGUAGCUGAAUAUUUAUACAUUCCUAUUUUCAUCCUAGGGUUCGCGAAUUUGAACUCGUGAUUCAAAAACAAUUGUUUCCAUUUUUUCCCCUUUUAUCUAAAUAAGGAAAACAAGUGCUUUUUGACUAUACUUAGAGACCCAAGCUCGCUCGGACAAUUUUAAUCGCAAAAUACCCCUCGAUUUGUUGUGCAAACUUUUCUACCAAAAACCUUGUUCCAAUGUAUCAUAUGCUACUUAUUUUCUGAAAGAAAAUUUUAUCUCCAUGGUAACUUGGAAAGGUCAUUUUUUGAUUUUCUCUAAAUUGCCAGUGUAUGAACCGCGAUUUCGAGGAAGUAACGCAAUUUAUAUGUAUUUUUAUUUUUAAAGGUAAUUCCAAGUUAAUGAUUUAUCCACGUUUUGUAAAUUAGUACGUUUCACGGCUAAUAACUUUAUUAUAUUAUAAUGUUGUAUAAUAUCAGCCGUCUUCUGUGAUUACAGUUUUAUCAGUGAUGUAAAUGCUUAAUCAUUCCUAUGAAAUAUUAAUUUUAAUAUUAUAAUGUGCGAAUCAUUGGUAAAAAUAGAACGAAGAAUUGCGUUCACGUUCCUCAUAAAUAAGAACUCUUUCCCGUUUCUCCUUCCUUUGUUAUAAAAGAAACGUGUUUCUUCCCAACACUGAUAUACUAUUAGUACCAAAGGCAAAUAUUGUAUAUUAAUUGAUUUAUAGCCAACUCAGGGGUCAUGGUAAUGUUUGUAUAAAGUUACAAUUAUUUUUAUUCUAUCCUUCUUUUUUUUUCGAAAGUUAUAAAAAUGUUUUAUUUUGUCACUCAUCGUUGAUUGUGUAAACGUGUGACAACUGAAAAACUAAAAUCACCAGUAAUCGCAAGUUUCGACAGAUUAUCCGGUCUAAACUGCUUUUGAACUUUUGAAUAACUUGCUAUCAUAAUUGGAUUUAAAUAGCAAACUAUUAAUAUUUAAAAAUUAAAAUAAUAUCGAUUUUCAUAAAUCAUUGUUCAUUGACAAAUAUUUUUCGUCUAUGUUAUUAUUAAUUGUACCUAUUAAUAUUAUUUGUUGAUAUUCUUUUAUUUUAUUUCGCUUAAUAAUUGUUCUUAAGAGUGUUAUAAUAUAGUUUUCGUCACUUCCGUAUGGGAAGUAUCAAAUUACACUCGCAAACACGAAGCAUCUCAUCUCUACUUCCAUCGUUCUUCUAUGUACGAAUAAUAAUAAUCUGAAACUCUGAAAGGACCCGUGAGAACUCACAAAUUCAUCUCGGACAAGAAUGUAUUGUCGCAGGAUGCGUGUUUCCUUUUUCCCUUUUCAUUUAUUUCCUUUCGCGGAACAAUGUGCGUGUGCUCUAUCGUCGCAGUCUAUCUAUAUAAUAUACCCCACCGAAUUGUGACCGAGACCGCCGUGAAUUCAAUUAUAACAUCUUUUUUCCGGUACUCUGUUAUAUAUAAGUAUAUUUGUAUGCGUCAUUUCUCUUCUACUACAUCCUUUGGUAGUUAUCGUUGAACCUAUUCAUCAUCAUACAUUAUAACUAUAGGUAGAAGCAUAAAAUGUUCUGUAACGCGAUCCACUAGAAGCAUAUUUUAUUGGCAGCCGAAAUGAAAACAGCAAUAAUUGUUAUUAUAGCAGUAUUCGCGAUAAAUUAUAAUAAAUAUUAUAUAGUUUAUAACGCCCAGUUUGCAGUUUUGUAUAUUUUAUUAUUUUUUCAUAAACAUUAAUCGUCACUGCGGUGCAGCGUAUUAGACUACAUAGGUAGUGGUAUAGGUAGGUAUACUUAUACAUAGGUAGGUAUAGUACCUAUAUACCAACAUAAAAUAAUAAUAAUAAACUGUUGAUUUUGCUAACUUGUGAGGUAACUCACGAAAUGUUUUUGAAACUGAAUAUUUGGUCUCCGACAACCAAAUUGGUGUAUUUAAAUAGUUUAUGGCUAAUUCAAAAAAGUUGUCGAACAAAGUCGUAUAAUAUUAUGUUUGGUCCACGAAGUAUGUUUUCUUAUUAUCGACUCAGAAAAUAAUAAUUCACUUUUUACCUAUAAAAUAUAAAACUUGCUGGGUUGCAGGUUUAAUCCUUCGUGUUUUUUUUUUUUUAAUACUAUAUUGUAUGGGUACAACUCUGAACUCUAAAUAAUAAGUAAACAUUGCCCGUGUUAAACGAUUUAAUUUUUUUUAUUAUUUAAUAUUCUCUUUGUCGACGUGUGAAAAAUAGUAUAUAGGGGAAGGGAGGAGAAAUAACUAUCGUAUAUAUUAUAUAGGUAGGUAACUUAUAUUAGUAUAUAGUUCCAAUAAAACAAUUUUAUGGCGGUGUUUAUAGCUUUUUAGCGGUCAACGAUUAUAUUUUUGUACUCAAUAUCAUCUUGGUUAUAUUUUUCUUUUCUCUUUACCGUCGGUUUUUUUUUUUUUUUUCUUGUAAUAACGGGAAUUCGCCUCUUGUUCUGAGUAGUACAAAACCGAUUGUAUUCAAAUAGACGGUAUGCGGAUGACGGGAAUGAGUAUUGUCGCAUUAUAUAGGUGCCGGUAGGUAGGUAUAUAUGCGUUUGUUUGGAACCCGGUCAAGUCAAAGUAGUUAUAUAUUAUUAUUAUUAUUAUUAUUAUUAUUAUUACUAUUAUGCUAGAAAUAAUGUAUAAUAAUAAUAAUAUUUAAUAUUCACCAGGUUAAGCGUUGUCUGCCCGCUGGCGGCAUAGCUCCAUUGUUUAUUGUCACGUCCAUUGUCAAUUUCCUGUUUCACCCUUCGGUUUUUGACGUACUUUUAUUUUAUUCUACGGGCGAGAUGUGAAUGAACAAUUUUUUUUUUUUUUAAUUGCGCAUUGCCAAUUUUACAUCUGAUUUAAAAAAUAAAACAUAUGAUUUAUCAUUUUAAACUUUAAUAUUUCAUUAAAUGUGCACCAAUCGUAGUUAAUAUCAUAGUAAAAAUACAAAAAUCUGACGUUAUAUUUAUAAAUCUGUAAAUACACAUUAUAACAACUAUUGUAUUUUUAUUUUACUUAUAUAAUAAUAGGUACUAUGAAUAAAUCAAAUUAUAAACUGAACUAUAAUUUGACAGCUAAAUAAAAAAAAAAUUUAAAUCCAUUUAUUUUUCAACCGAAAUAGUUUUACUUGUAAUUAUUGUUUGUAAAAUAAACUUGUAAUCACAAAACACGUGUCUAAAUUAAGUAAUAUGUGUUAUAAAUAUUAGUUCCCAAAAAUUUCAUGUUAAUUAUAAAUUAUAGGGACUGGGAACACUAACAAUGACGGAACAUACAAGCCGAGCUUCCUAACAGAUCAAGAGCUAAAGCACUUGAUAUUAGAAGCUGCCGAUGGUUUUCUAUUUGUUGUCACAUGCGAUACUGGUAGAGUGAUAUAUGUUUCCGACUCAGUUGCGCCCGUAUUAAAUUACUCACAAGUAUAUUACAAAUAUAUUACACUAUUUUAUGCCCCGUAAACAAAUUUAUAAAAUAUGUUUGUUGUUUUAGAACGAUUGGUUAGGAACUAGUAUGUUUGAUCAUUUACAUCCAGAAGAUGUAGAAAAAGUACGAGAACAAUUAUCCACUCAGGAACCUCAAAAUUCGGGACGUAUAUUAGAUUUGAAAACAGGCACUGUGAAAAAAGAAGGCCAUCAAUGUAAAUCAAAAUUUUAAGUAAAUAAAAAUAAAUGUAGAUACUUACAAUUGAAUGUAUUUUAAAGCUUCAAUGAGACUGUGCAUGGGUUCUCGUCGUGGGUUCAUUUGUCGAAUGAAAAUUGGUAACAGUGGUGGCAUGAUGGCCAGUAUAUCGGGACAUAAUCUACAUCAACGACUGAAACAACGUAAUACAUUAGGUCCAACACGUGACGGCAACGAAUUUGCUGUCAUUCAUUGCACUGGUUAUAUAAAGAACUGGCCUCCAACCGGUCAGUUUGAUCAUCCAUUAUCUGGUAUGAUGUCGAUCUGUCGUCUAAUCACCUCGAUGACACUUACCAUAUUAUUAUCAUAAAUUUCCUGAUUAUGUUUCUUGUGUAUAUAUUCAUUAAUUUAUACUUUGUUUAAAUAGGUGUACAAAUCGAACGAGCUGUCGAAGAAGAUGGCACCCACUGUUGUUUGGUUGCUAUCGGUCGGUUACAAGUAACAUCCACUCCGAAUACUACUGAUUUAGCUGGAUCCAAUAGUAAUGCUGGUAAAAUCACUAAAUAUUAAUACAAAAAAGAUAACUGUAGAUAUUAUAUUAAUUUUUUUUUUUAGAAUUUAUUUCCAGACAUUCUAUGGACGGUAAAUUUACAUUUGUCGAUCAACGUGUUACACAUAUACUUGGCUAUAAACCACAAGACCUUUUAAGCAAAACAUGUUACGAGUUCUUUCAUCCCGAAGACCAAACUCAUAUGAAAGAAAGUUUUGAACAAGGUAAAUUUUAAUUUUAUUCAUACUACAAAGCUUAUACUAAUUGUAAUAUAUUCAAUUAUUUAUAGUUUUAAAAAUGAAAGGACAAAUGAUGUCUGUAAUGUAUAGAUUUCGAGGUAAAAAUCAUGACUGGAUUUGGCUAAGAACAAAUGCAUUUGCUUUCUUAAAUCCAUAUACUGAUGAUAUUGAGUAUAUUGUAUGCAACAAUUCAACUGCCAAGUAAAUUAUUUCUAUUUAUUGAGAAAUGUUAAAUCAAUAUUAUUUCAUAAUUGAAUUUUCUCUAUUAGAUCAUCAAUGCAUUCCCCAUCUGAAAGUGGAGUGAAUAUCAGUAAUCCAUCUACUGAAUCUGUUUACCAACAACAAGCUCCCGGCUUAGACUAUACUGUUCAAAGAAGGGACCAUGUUGCAGCACCACCUUAUCAAGCGCAUGCUAUGAUUACUGCUGCCCCAACAGCCAAUCAACAUAUGAUACGUAAGUAUUUUAAUUUUUUAAUUUUUUAAAACUAAUUCAACAAAAUGUAUAUAUUUGUGUGUAGCCAACAAUACAGCACAAAGACCAAACAGCGCUCAAAAUGUAUUCAAUACUUAUGAAACUAAUCCAUCGCCUAUUAGCUACCAUUCACCUAAUCAAGGAACCCAAAGCCAAGUACAAUCUCCAUUAAUUAAUCGUCUUACUAAGUCAAGUCCAACUCCUGCACAAACUGCAUGGACAUUGCGUCAAGUAAGAAUAUUAAAUAAUAAUAUGUGCCAAAUUAAAUGCCCUUUUAAUAUAUUAUGUAGAUUAUGUUAUACUUAAAUUAAUUAAUUAAUGUAGCCAGUCACUGAAGGUUACCAAUAUAACCAAGAAAUGAGUCCGUCCCGUUCACCGUCAGGUCCGACAUACACACAAUUAAGUGGAGGCGCAAGACAAACAACCUAUCACAACCCAUCCCCAGCAACUGCGUCUCCAGGUAAAUAUUAAAAUUUCACUUUGUUUUUUUUUAUUUUAUUUUUUUUACAUACAUAUACUAUUUUCUGGUCCAAAUUUGGGUAUUGCCUUACUACAUACCCCUUAUUAUUAUUAUUAUUAUUAUUAUUAUUUUUUUUUUUGUAAAUAUUAUAAAUAAAUAAAACAAUCAAAAAAAAAAAACUAUAUUAAUUCUUAUAUUUUGUAUUUGAUUUGUUUUUCUAAGGAAUGUGGGGUUGGCAAGCCGGAGCGACAGGGGCCACAGCUGUGGCAAACAAUGUACCACCUCAUCCUCACAGUGGGCAUCCGCAAGAAUUAUCCGAUAUGAUGAUGCAAAUGCUUGAUCAAAGUGCAGCAGCUGCUUCAUUUGAAGACCUCAAUAUGUUCAAUACGAAUUUUGAAUGA